AUGGAGGCUCGCGGCGACGGCCUGGAGCGCUUCCUCCCCGCGGCGGCGGACGCCCAAAAAACCACAUCGCAGCUCGCGCUGCCCGACGGCGAGUUCGGCGGCGCGCUGCGGUCGUCGCUGUCGGCCCUCUACGAGGACCGCGGCGGCGCCGAGCUCGAGCUCACGGUCGAGGGGUCAACACAGGGGGUGGCGUGCCACGCGUUCGUUUUAGAGACGUGGUCUCCCGUGCUCCGCGCGCAGCUGAGCAGCCGCUGGGCCGGCGGCGGCGUCUCCGGCCCCCGGUCCGUCGAGGCGCCGGGCGGGUCGCGGCCCGCCGUGGAGGCGCUGGUCGCGUUCUGCUACACGGGCCGCUGCAGCGUCGACGACGACUCCGUGCUGCCGCUCCUCCGGCUCAGCGACUUCUGGGGCGUCGCGCACCUCCGCGAGCUCUGCGGGUCCUUCCUCUUCGAGACGUCGCGGAGCUCGGACUCGGGGGAUUUAGCGGGCCUCGUGGAGAAGCUCAAGAUCGCCGACGAGUUCGGCCUCGCGCGGCUCCGCCAGCGGUGCGCGUCCGCGCUCGCGGCCAAGUUCGACGAGCUCUUCCGGGCCGCGGACGGCGAUUCGGGCAAGCGGAGCUCGCCGUUGCUCCUGGAGCUGGCGCCGGACAUGGUCGGCGAGGUGCUCUGCAAGAGCCGGCUGGCCGUCGUCGACGAGGCGGACGUGCUCGACUUCGUCCGCGAGUACGCGGCGUCGCGCGGCGACCCGCCGGCGGUGCUGGCGCAGCUGCUGCCGGCCGUGCGGUUCCCGUUUUUAGGGGACAAGCUCUUAGAGUUGCGGGCGGACGCGGAGCUCAUGGCCGUCGACGGCGCCGUCGCGCUCGUCAUGCGCGCUUUAGAGAUCCUGGCCUUCCCCCAGUCGGCGAAGCCCGUGUCGGCCAAGGAGGAGGAGACCGCGGACCCGUCGACGCUCCAGACGCUGGCGCGGACGGGCCUCUGCUGCUUCGACGGCACGUUCUCCAGCAGUCUGGCGACGAUCGGCGACCGCGCGCGCGCGCUGUCCAUCCCCGUGGGGCCCCACGUGCUCUUCGCCGUGACGCGGCCGGGCCUCGCGCCGCGGCGCGACGGGGCGCCGGACGGCCCCGCGCCCGUGGUGUCGUGGCGCGUCCGCGUCGACGCGCUGCCGCCGCCGCGGAACCGCGACGGCGACGGGCCCGCGAACGGGGCCCGGGGCGGCCGCGGCGCGCGGGGGCUCGGCGCGCGGGCCGUGCAGGAGCAGAUGCGCGAGCUCAUCGGCGUGUCCGCGGACAGCUGGACCUUCGGGCUCUGGGUCGUCGCGGAGCACGACGUCGCGCCGCUGUCGCCGACGAACAACCCGCGCGCGAACCCGGCCUGCUCGAACUUCGCGAUCUGCAACUUCACCAAGGCGCGGAACACGACGGUGCUCCAGAUCCAGGGCAACGGCCGCGCGGCGCUCGCGGGGCAGCAGGCCGGGCCGGGGCAGCAGAACCUCGAGGGCCACGAGAUCCUGGUCGGCGACGUCUACGGCGCGGACCUGCGGUCGCUGAAGCGGCCGGGCGCGCCGGACGACGCGCCGGGCGACCUCGUCGUCGCCUUCAGCCGCAACGGCGCGCUCUUGGGGCAGCCCGUGCCGCUCAGCGUGCCGCUCCUGAACCCGGCGCUCUUCCCGGAGCCGCACUCGCGGUUCAACCUCCGCAAGGAGAACUUCCGCCUCUUGGUCGCCGGCGGCCGCGCCCAGGCCGGGGCGAACCUCAUGCCCGUGGCGUCGACGAGCCUCGGCACGCUCGGCUGCACGCUCCUCCCCCAGGGCGAGACGACGCCCCUGCCCGCCGCGGCCUUCGCGAACGCCCCCCGUUUGGGGCUCUUCUUCGUCGUCGCCACGUGCCGACGCGCCGCGGCGUCGAACGCCUCGGAGGUCGCGACCCUGGGGACCUGGUGGCAGAACGUCGACGCGACGACCGACGGCUCGCUCAACGCGUCGUUCUCGAGCUGGUGGCAGGGCGACUUCAUGGCCUCGGUGGUCGACUGGCUCAACGCGACGAACGGCCAGCGGCCGAGCCUCGCCUACGUCGAGGACGAGGCCGCGUACCGCCGGUGGUACGAGCACGAGCGCUGCGCGUUCGCGCUGCCCUGGGCAGGACAAGAGAGCGAAAUUCCCAACUUCAAAGGCUCCUUUCUCGGCCGUUUUCCACUCGCGCUGCCCUGGGACGAGAGCGGCGCGAGCUUCGUGUCGUCGCACGAGCUGGAGACGGAGAUCCUGGGCGACAACACGGCGACGACCUUUCGGAGCUCGCGGACGCCCAAGUACGACAGCAGCCUGCGGCCGUCGGAGUGGUGGCACGAGUCCCUGGGCCGCGAGUCGGCCGACGGCGAGGCGACGGGCGCCGACGGCGUCCAGGACGUCUUCGUGAACUUCGCGCUGAGCUCCUUCGACAUCAACGAGCACCGCGGGUCCUGGUCCGCGCGGGGCUACAUCGGCGCCUACUGGUACGACCCCCGCCUCAUGUUCGCGCUGACGGAGGGCUGCGGCGACGACGCCGCGGUCGCGAGCGGCCACUACUGGCUCCUGAGCGACGGCUUCGAGAAGAAGAUCUGGAACCCGGACGUCAAGCCCAAGAACCUGGCCGCGGGCGGCUUCAAGAUCCGGGACCGCUACGUGAAGAUCUUCCCCUACGGCCUCGUCUACGACGUCAAGUCCGUCGAGAUGGAGCUCGACUGCGACCUCUACCUGCGCAAGUUCCCCUACGACGACCAGGCCUGCAAGAUCGUGCUGUCGUCGCCGCGCAACGACGUCAACUACCUGCGCUUCGGCCCGUCCGUCGAGGACCCCGUGACGGCCUACGACGAGCGCACGGGCGACAAGGUCUUCAACGACCAGUGGCGCGUCAAGGACGAGUCCUACGAGGUCGUAUCCACGACCUACUUCGCCCAGGCGGACCAGGAGUUCGUCAAGAACACGCCCGUGGAGACGGACGCGGCCUACGCGCUGCCGCUGAGCGGCACGUACCACGAGUUCGAGUGCGUCUUCGACUUCCGGCGGAAGCCGGGCUUCUACGAGGUGGAGAUCGUGCUGCCGGCCAUCUUCUUCGUCAUCAUCUCCUACGUGGGCUUCUUCAUCAACGCGUCCGUGGCGCCGGCGCGCGUCGCGAUCACGGUCAUCCCCGUGCUCAUCAUGCGCACGCUGUUGAGCCAGGUGUCCGCGAAGCUGCAGAUCAUCUCGUACCUCACGUGCCUGUCCAAGUUUUUGCUGUACUGCCAGUUCCUGACGGUCUUCGCCGUGCUCGAGUACGGCUUCGUGCAGAUCUGCCUGCUCCACGAGUCGCGGUGCCGGGACGUGCGCACGCACCUGAACUCGAUGAAGCGGUUCAUCGUCGCGGACAGCGCCGAGGACGCGCCGUCGCUCUUCGACAAGGAGGACGCGUCGGCGCGCGACGUGCUGCUCGUCGAGGAGGGCGCCAAGGCGGGCGCGGAGCUGCGCAUGAUCAAGCACGAGAUGAAGCACGUCGAGCGCCUCGAGCGGUCGAACCCCGUGUUCAAGGAGCUCCUCGACGAGCUCCGGAAGCUCUACCGCGGCGCGGACGCGACGGGCGACGGCCUCAUGGAGCCCUUCGAGCUCGCCAUCGCCCUGCGGUCCUACGCGGUCUACAUCGCGCCGUCCCAGGCGCGCAAGGCCAUGAUCAACCAGAAGUACGAGCACGGCGGCGACGACGUCGAGAUCGACCACGCGACGGUCGCGUUCACCUUCGCCGAGUUCCUCCACUACGUCGUCCACUACGACGAGAACCCCACGACCUUCAACGGCCGCCGCUCCUGGGCCGAGCACUUCAACCCCUCCUUCCACCCCCCCUCGACGAACUGCGACGGCCUCUUCCGCCUCCUCUUCCCGCCCGUGCUCACGCUCCUCUUCAUCACCACGCUCGGCCGCUGCCACUGGGACUCGCGCUAG